AUGUCGGCAUCAGAAGUGAGCACAGAAUGUUCCACAAGGAGUGAUACUCCAAAAUCCAUCGGACAAAUCUUAAAGGAACAACUAUUCUAUUUAAAGAUAUCAAUGUGGAUGUUUGGUACCAGUGUAGUGUCUGGCGCAACAGCCAACAUUGUUUGGCCAUAUCAGAUUGUUUCAUGUUUUGGAACAACUGAUAUGGAGUAUUUGAAUGGUGUCAUCCCAAUUGCAGGAGUAUUCCUCAACGUCCUAAUGCUAGUCAUCACUGGAUACAUGAGUGAUCACACCAAGACCAGAUUUGGAAAGAGAAGACCAUAUAUCUUACCUGGUACUAUCAUUAUGAUUGUUUUCUUGGCCGCCAUGUCUAGACUGGACGGAACAAACUCGAGCGUUGCCGGAUUCAUAUUGUUGGAGGUUGGCUUCUACUUUGGCCAAGGUAUUGCAGCAGGUGCCUACUCUGGUAUCAUCCCAGAUGUUUGCAGAAUGGACCAAGCAGGUAUUGCCAGUGGAUGGUUGGGUGUGAUGUGGGCAUGUGGCACACUCACUGGUGCCCUCGUCGCUGGAUCCCUUGUGCCGGGCGGUGACACCAACACUACAACAUACACCAACGUCUACGGAUUCAUGAUUGCCAUGCUUGGAUUCUCUGCCAUCAUCGCUCUGGUCUUCAUGUGGGAGGACAAGUGUGAUGAGACCUCCUUCGAUGGCACCAUCAAGGGCUUCGCCUGGUCAUUCUACCUGCCAUCGGCCACCUACUACAACUUCUACUGGGUGAUCAUCACCAGGUUCAUGAACACCAUGGGCUGCUACAUGGUCAUUGGAUUCCUCUACUACUUCACAUGGACCGUUGUUGGAUACCAAAAGUUGAUCGCAUCCUCUGUGAUCCUCGCCACGAUCAUCGCCUUCUCUGUACCAUCAUCAAUCAUUGGAGGCUAUAUCUCUGACCGCUACAGCAUCACCAAGUACAUGGUGUACGUCGCAUCCAUCAUCCAAGCUCUGGCCAUCGCACUACUGAUUGUAAUCAGUUACCAUCCAUCAUAUGCCGGUAUGUUGGUGAUCCUGGCCUUCUUUGGUGUUGGCUACGGAUGCUACCAAUGCGUGGACUGGGCUCUGGCGCUCCGUGUGUUGCCCUACAACUCGAUUGGCAAGGACAUGGGAAUAUGGCACAUAUCAUUCAAUGGCCCAAUGAUUGUGGCACCAUUCAUCACUUCAAACAUUCUGAAGUAUAUGAUUCCAAAGUAUGGUCUGAGCAACUCGUACGCCACCGUGUUUGGAUUCGCCACAUUCUGGUUCAUUCUGGCACUAUUCUUCAUUAUCCCACUGGAUGAGAAGAUGAACCAGCCAAAGAAGAUGGAUAUUGAGAUGGCCAAAUCAAGCAACAGCAGUGAAGAAGUUACCAACAUCGAUGCUAGUGUAUCGGUCACCAGACAGGUCUAA